GCGCGACGUGCCCGGCCCGGGCAGCUGCGAGAGCCCCCGCGAUGGCCGAGCCGCCCGCCGUCUCCCUCCAGCUCCCCGAGGACGCCGAGAGCGACGGGCAGGACUUGAGCCCCUGCAAUGAGGGAGCCAUGCACACCUCCUUCCGCGAGCUCAUCCAGGAGCAGAGCAGCCUGGUGGAGGCGGAAGCGGUCAUGGAGUUGGAGAUGCAGGCGAGGGGCAGAGAGCCCCCGGCGCCGUGGGCCACGGGCUGGCCGGAGCCCGAGCUGGGCGAAGAGCACGCCGCGUACUCCUCGGCCACGCUGCGGGUCCUCGCCAGCAUGCCCAGCCGCACCAUCGGGCGCAGCCGCGGGGCCGUCAUCGCCCAGUACUGCAACCGCACGGCCCAGCUGCGGUGCCGCAGCAGCCGCCCGUCGCUGCACCAGCUCGUCCGCGUCGCGCGGCCCAGCCUGCAGCAGCGCCACGUCGACCUGGCCACGGCCACGCUGGACGAGACGCGGAGCCUGCUGGCGAAGGAGCUGCGGAGCCUCCCGCCCGGCCAGCGCAGCCGCGUGCUGCUCUCGAUGCCGCUCAGCCUGGCGGAGAAGCGCACGCUCAGGCGGGAGCUGAACGGGCAGAGGGGCUCCCCGAGGGACGGCGCCUGGUGCGGGGUCUCCUGCUCGCCCUGCGGCCGCUGCAAGUACCACAUCAUCCUCGGCUGCCGGGGGCUGUGGUACGGACUCCUCUCGCUGCUGUCCGCCGCCCGGCCGUGGCAUCGCGCCCUGAAGCAGAUCGGCAGCCGCUUCGGCUCCAGCGUCCUCUCCUACUUCCUCUUCCUCAAGACACUCCUCAUGUUCAACGUCUUCUUGUUCCUCCUCCUCCUGGUCUUCGUGGUGGCCCCACAGGCCGCCUAUCCCCCCGCCCCGGCCAGCCGCAGGCCCUUCACCGGCCUCGACGUGCUCACCGGAGCGGGCUACUUCACCCGCUCGCUGCUCUACUACGGCUACUACAGCAACGACACCCUCAACGAGCCCUGUGCCGCCCGCCCCAACUGCAGCGCCGCGGCCCCCGCGCACCCCUACAACAUGCCGCUGGCCUACGUGUUCACCGUCGGGGUCUCCUUCUUCCUCACCUGCGUCCUGCUGGUGUACUGCUUGUCCCGCUCCUUUGGGGAGAGCUACCGCCUGGGCGGCCCGGCAAGGGACCUGGGCAUCAAGGUCUUCUACGCCUGGGACUUCAAGGUGGUCCAGAGGCACUGGGUGAAGCUGCAGUCUGAGAACAUCUGCACCCAGCUGAAGGAGCUGCUUGCAGAGCAGCAGUCGCGCUCCCGCCCCCGGAGCUGCUGCUGGCAGCUGGAGCACGUCGCCGUCCGCCUCCUGGCCUGGGGCCUCUGCCUGGGCACCGUGCUGGGCUGGGUGGUGGCCGUACGCUUCUUCUCGGAGCACAUGCACGCGGUUCAGCAGGACGCCCUGGCCCGUGCGGUCAGCGAGUGGCAGCAGGAAGCCAUCCUGCUGGUCCUGCCGCUCGUGGUGUCGUUCAUCAACGCGGCCAUGCCCCACAUCUACAACUUGCUGGCCACCUGGGAGAGGUGGGAUUCCCCUGUGCUGGAGGUCUACGUGGCCAUCUGCAGGAGCCUCUUGCUGAAGAUGGUGGUGCUGGGGCUGCUCUGCUACCAGUGGCUCAGCCGCGAAGUGGUCUGCGCGUCGGAGGCGUGCUGGGAGACGUGCGUGGGGCAGGACCUGUACCGCUUCAUGGUGAUGGACUUCAUAUUCACACUGCUGAACACCGUCUUUGGGGAGCUGGUCUGGAGGCUGGUCUUGGAGAAGAGGCUGAAGAGGAGGCGGAGGCCCGAGUUUGACAUUGCCCGCAACGUGCUGGAGCUGAUCUACGGGCAGACCCUGACCUGGCUGGGUGUCCUCUUCUCGCCGCUCCUGCCGGCUGUGCAGAUCGUGAAGCUGCUGCUGCUCUUCUACAUCAAAAAGACCAGCCUGGUGCAAAACUGCCAGUCCCCUAGCAAGCCCUGGCAAGCGUCUCAUAUGAGCACUGUGUUCAUCACCCUGCUGUGCUUCCCGUCCUUCCUGGGCGCAGCCAUCUUCCUCUUCUACACCAUCUGGUCGGUGAAGCCAUCGGAAACCUGUGGUCCCUUCCAGGGGAUGGAAACCAUCUACGAGUCAGGGAAGACCUGGGUGCACUUGCUGGAGAAGUCCAGCCCAAAUGUCACCUGGUUCACCUGGAUCCACCUGUACCUGGUGGAGAACACCGCCUUGCUCUUCCUCACGUCUGGGGGGCUGCUAGCCAUGAUCUACUUCAACAUCCAGGUCAUGAAGGGCCAUCGGAUAAUCAUUAACUUGCUGAAGGAGCAGAUCUUCAAGGAGGCAGAAGACAAGAGGUUUCUCAUUCAGAAGCUUCACUCCAUUUACGAGCAGAGAGAGAGAUACAGCUGAGCCCCAGGUGAGGCGCCGGGAUGCUCCUGGGGGCUCGGAGUGCAGGACAGCGCUUUGGAGCCCCCGGGUAGCCACUCCAGGGACACAGAGCUGGGUGCGAGGGCAAACCCUGCUCCGGGCCACCCCAGACACCAGCGGCCGGACAGCCCUUGCUUUGUGUGCAGCUGCUGCCAGCAGAGAGCUGUGACCUUCCCAUGCAGCCAGGAACUGGGACAGGAUAUUUGCUGUCCAAAGGGAGGGAGCUUGCAACGUACUCGUACUUGCAGCACCUGGCAGCAGCGUGGCCCCGUGCAGGGUCAUCCGAGGUGUUGACGCAGCUCUGUCCCCUGCCUGGCACAGCAGCACCAGCUCUGCUGUCACGCGGAUGAGGCCAGGGCAGGAGCCCCCAGCGCUGGCAGAUGCCUUCCCGCAUGCGGGGCUGUGGCAGCCCUCCUUCCAGGCAACCGAAGAUCUGGCCUGCCGGACUGGGAAGCACCUAGUACUGCUGAGAAGCCUGACAGCUUCAUUUUGGGACCAGCACCUGUUUGCCUGGCUGCAGCUAGAACAGCCCAUUAAAAACUCACUCCGCAGCAGA